AUGGACGGGAAAGCGAGACGGGCGUCGUACAAUCAGGCAAACUGUCAACCGAAUGUGAUCAUUGAGUGUCGAAGUUCUCGAUUAAAAUCUGAUAAAAAAGAACGAUGUUAUAUUCUAAACGGGCAAUCGAUUCGACACGCUGAAGAUGGAUGCGAUUUGUUGGAGAAAGAUUUGAGUGAUGAGACGGUCCAGUUAUUCGAGACGUUUAUCAAGGUUUUGAACUGGAUCGGGGUUCGUUUUGAUCCGAAUUUCGGCUCUCAUCUCACUUUGCUUCGUUUCCUUUGGCUGCUUCUUAUUAUGGCUUUUGGCAUUUGGAGUGGUGGAUACGAUAUCUACUGCAUGCUGUUCUAUUCAAUGCCUCGAACGAUUCCUGGCACUCUCGUCUAUUUGGCUCUCGUUUUUCAAGCGAUCGCCGCUAUGGAAAAGCGGAAACACAUUCAACAGCAUUCCCGAUGUUUCUGGAUUCUACAGACGUACAUCUUAUUGAGUUGUCUCCUCUACACAGUUGUUAUGGCGAUCGAUCCGGAGGGCACAUUCGCAAUUGUUCACCCAAAAUAUAUCUAUACUUUCUACUAUCCAGAGUUGCGCUUUACUCGCCCACUCUUCUCAUCGAUUUUCUUCACAAUUCUAUUGAUAAGUUUGCAUACCUAUUUGGCGCUAACAAAUGCUUUGUUUUGGGAGGCGAAAAAGUUCAACUAUUUGAUUGAUCAUAUUUUCGCGUUCACAUUAACCGCUUCCAUCAUCCCGACAACGCUUUUCGUCUUGAGUUUCGUUUUGUCGAGAAUCUCGGUGGUCGAGUUGUUGUUGAGCUCGCCAGCUGUCUCCUUUUGCGUCUACGAGUACUACGCGAUUAUGUACCCGGCAAAGUUGCACGAAGAGCUCUGCAAAUCGAAGGCCGCUUUAUGCAUGAAUCACAACGUUUGGGUGCCUUAUGAGAAAAGUGUGAACAAGAUAGCGCACACCCUUGUGAUGCACCUCGAUCAAACUGAUUUGGGAAUCUCACUCUGGGGUUUCGCGCUGGUGACAAAGCCGUUAGUGUUGACGGUGAGUGGAUUGGAUGUUAGAGAU